AUGAGUGGAGGAAUAUACGGAGGAGAUGAAGUCAGUGGUUUGGUGUUCGAUGCUGGCUCUCACUCAUUUCGAGUUGGAUUUGCAGGAGAAGAAUACCCAAAGGGUGACAUUCCUUCUUACGUAGGAGUUCAAGAAAUCAUUCCUGAUGGAGACGUUGAAAUGAAAGAGGAUGCUGAAGACACUAAAAAUGUUAACAAAAAAAACUUUUACAUAGGUACAACCAAACUUAUUGUUCCUCGUCCUAACACUACCAUUGACAGUUUCAUGAAAGAUGGAAUGAUUGAGAAUUGGGAAAUGUUCGAACAACUACUUGAUUACUCCUAUGCGAAUGUAUUACAUACUGAAGCCGUUUAUCACCCUGUUCUUUUCACAGAAAGCGCGUGGAACGAAAAACCAAAAAGAGAACAACUUACUGAACUAAUGUUUGAAAAAUACAACGUUCCUGCAUUUUUCUUGGCAAAAAAUGCCGUUUUAACUGUGUUUGCCAACGGUCGUACUGGAGGAUUGGUAGUAGAUAGUGGUGCGACUCAGACUUCAGCUGUUCCUGUAUAUGAUGGAUACGCUAUAACGAACGCUGUCGUUCGUUCACCAAUCGGAGGAGAUGUGAUCUGCGAACAGGUGCAGCAUCAGCUUGACGAUUAUAAAAUAGAUCUCAUCCCACAAUAUAAAGUUGGAAGCAAGGAAGAUGUCUCUGAAAACGAAGUUCCUAAAUGGCAGUUAAAGAAAAAUUUGCCUGAAGUUACUGAGAAUUACGACGCUUUCAUGAAAAAACAAGUUCUGGAAGACAUUGCCGCUACUGCUCUUCAGUUAAGUGAUACUCCCAUCGAUUUGGAAUAUGCGGAAAAACUGCCAUCCGUUCGUUAUACCUUCCCAAAUGGUUACAAUAAGGAUUUCAUGGCUGAUAGAGUGAAGGUGCCUGAAGGAUUAUUCGACAAGAAUUAUUUGAGAACCAAGAAUAAGGAAGUUCUAAUGAAUGUAACACAAAUCGCUAGUGCUGCCGCUGGAAUGUGUGACAUCGAUAUAAGACCCAUUCUAUACAGUGGUCUUAUGGUCACAGGAGGAAAUUCUUUGAUUCUCGGUUUCACUGAAAGACUCAAUCAUGACUUGGCUCACAAGUGUCCACCCACCAUCAAGCUAAGAGUUUCCGCCGCUCCUACUCCUGUUGAACGCAGGUUUGGUGCCUGGAUAGGAGGAUCCAUUCUUGGCUCUCUAGGUUCGUUCCAACAAAUGUGGAUUGGCAAAGCUGAAUAUGAAGAUACUGGAAAAAGCAUUGUGGAAAAGAAAUGUCCAUAA